AUGUCAGUGUUUCUGUUGUUGGCUCUGGUGCUGACCACGGCCUCUUCUGCCCAGUUAUCAACAACAGACUGGUGUGGGCCGGAGGUCCCAGCUCUUAAACGUAGCAUUAAAAGGCUGGAGAAUAGCCUCUUGAUUGUGACUUGGCAAGUUGAGCACUUGCAGACGCACAAAUAUUUCCAUCCAUUUCGACCUGAGGUGCCUGACGCUGGAGCUGAAGCUGACAAAGCCUCUGGUGCAAACCACAACAGCAGUGCGACGCUCGACAGCUCUAAUACGACACUGAUGAGACCACUUCCACCAGGAGGCAGCAUCAUCGUACACGACAGGGAUUGUUCUGAGCUGUUCGACAGACUGAGACCCCCAAGUGGUUUCUACCGAAUCAGACCCAAGUCACACCAGGACCCAUUUCUGGUUUACUGUGACAUGGAGGAUGGAGGAGGAUGGACAGUGUUUCAGAGACGCCGGCAUGGAAGAGUUGACUUCAACAGAGACUGGGUGGACUACAAAGACGGCUUCGGGGACUUCAAACUGUGGAACGAUGAGUUUUGGUUGGGGAACGAGCACAUGCACUCUCUGCUCUCAGAAGGUAAGAACCUGGUGAAGAUAGAUCUAAUGGACUGGGAAGGAGAGAGAAGUCAUUCAUAUUACGAAAACUUCAGGAUCAGUGAUGAGGCGGAUAAGUAUCGCCUCCAUUAUGGGCAGUACAGUGGCAAAGCUGGAGACGCUCUGACUGGUGGUGGGGGGGCGGUGCAGCAGUGGUCCGCUUGCCUCAGUGGGAUGCAGUUCAGUACGAGGGAUCAGGACAAUGAUCGCUACCUUCAGGGGAGCUGUGCCGAGGAGAACGAGGCAGGAUGGUGGUUUAACAGAUGUCAUGCAGCCAACCUAAAUGGGAAGUUCUACCGCUCAGGGAAGUACAAGAACCAGCAUGACAAUGGCGUGGUGUGGGGGAGCUGGAAAGGUCUUUGGUAUUCCCUUCGGCACACCACCAUGAAGGUGCGGCCUCUGGUUUUCUUGGACGUGGAUGGCAGCGGAGCAGGGGAUAUUUAA